AUGUUAAGCAACAAAGAGCUUAGGAUAUUAUCAUUGUUGGUUUUGGAUACUGUAUUUUUUCUAGUGGAGAUUAUAGUCGGUUACACGGUACAUUCUUUGGCUUUGAUAGCGGACUCGUUCCACAUGCUAAAUGAUAUUGUUUCAUUACUUGUUGCUUUAUGGGCUGUAAAUGUUGCGAAGAAUAGGAAUCCGGAUGCUAAGUAUACUUAUGGAUGGAAAAGGGCUGAAAUAUUGGGUGCUUUGAUAAAUGCUGUGUUUUUGAUUGCAUUGUGUGUUUCAAUUUUGAUUGAGGCUAUACAACGGUUUUUUGAGCCUCAAGAGAUCACGAAUCCAAAGUUGAUUCUAUACGUUGGAACUGCAGGGUUGAUAUCCAAUAUUGUGGGUUUAUUUUUGUUUCAUGACCAUGGAGGGCAUAUGCAUUCUCAUGGCGGCAGCCAUGAUGCAGAGCUGGAAGCUGCAGAUCCUGUUCCGCAUUCGCAUACAGACCAUGAGGCCUUGGAUAGUGAUUCAUGUGGCAUUCAGGAGUUUCUGCCUGCCUCUGUUGUUGAACGUUAUUCAACCGGAACAAUUAAAGUAGAUGAGAACACUCCACUCGUAAGCAGCAAGGGUCAUAACCAUAAACACUCUAAUGAACAGCAUUCAGCACAUAAAGACGGACAACACAAGUCUUUGAAUAUGCAUGGUGUUUUUAUCCAUGUGCUAGGGGAUGCCUUGGGUAAUGUUGGUGUAAUUAUCACAGCUCUUUUCAUCUGGAAGACCAAUUAUUCAUGGAAGUACUACUCCGACCCCUUCGUUUCUCUAGUGAUUACCUGCAUUAUAUUUUCCUCUGCUUUGCCUUUAUCUCUUAAGGCGUCAAGGAUCUUACUGCAAGCUACUCCGUCAUCUAUUUCGGCAGAUGAAGUUCAAAUGGAGAUACUAGCGGUUCCAGGUAUUCUAUCUGUUCAUGACUUUCAUAUAUGGAACUUGACUGAGUCCUUUUCAAUUGCUUCGAUCCAUGUACAGAUAGAUUGCAAUCAAGAUACUUAUAUUGAAGUUGCAAAAAUCAUCCGGUCUAUCUUCCAUAAGUACGGAAUACAUUCUGCAACUGUUCAACCAGAAUUUGUUGGAACGCGUGAUAUUAGCGAUGAUUCUUACAGGAGGUUUUCUAGGAUCGCUGGUGGUGGGCUAGGCUCUUCAACAUCAAUAAACGACCCGGUAACUGAUAGUAUUAAAGGCCAAACGUUUGCAUAUGGAGCUACAACGAAUCAAACUGGAUGUUUGGUGGAUGAUGCAGCUAACUGUAACUCAGACAACUGUUUACCAUAG